AUGACUGCAGAUUCUCAACCAUCUCCAUCAGAGGCGUCCAGUCCCAUGGGGACCUCUCCCAACAUGUCCAUGGACUCGCCAGGGUCCAUCAGGGUCAAGGAGGCAGUCGCCAUUAAGUCUGAGCCCAAGGGGGGAUGCAGCCCAGGAGAAGAGAUCAGUGCUGGACACCCUGAUGACCAGGCCCAGACUCCUGGGGGCAGGAGAAGAAAACGACCAGUCCAACGUGGGAAGCCACCCUACAGCUAUAUAGCCCUGAUUGCCAUGGCUAUAGCCAAUUCCCCAGAGAGGAAACUCACCCUUGGUGGCAUCUACAAGUUCAUUAUGGAGAGGUUCCCUUUUUACAGAGAGAACUCCAAAAAAUGGCAGAACUCUAUCAGACACAACCUAACUCUCAAUGACUGCUUUGUGAAGAUCCCCAGGGAACCUGGCCACCCAGGAAAGGGCAACUACUGGACCCUGGACCCAGCAGCAGAGGACAUGUUUGACAAUGGGAGCUUUUUGAGGAGGAGAAAGCGCUUCAAGAGGACAGAUAUUACUACUUACCCAGGAUACAUGCAGAAUAGUAGUGCGUUCACCCCCACCCCAGCUGGGAGAUCCACCUACCCCAACAGUACCUAUCCCAGCAUGGGCACUGGAUAUAACCAUCAGAUACACAACGUGUCCCACCACCCUGCCAUGGUCCACCACUAUCAAGGGGCUCCAGGAGGAUCUGCCCAAGGACAGCACAGGAUGUUCAGUAUAGACAGUUUAAUCAGCCAACAAUCUGCAAUGCAGACAUCUCCUGGCUCUGAGCUUAACCACCACUCAUUGGGCCUAAAUGGAGGGGACUUGGGGGCCAUGAACAGUAGCUGCUCGGUAGGUGACCUUUCAUGUUUCCAGUCUGUCAGUCCAAAUGGAGUGGGUUCCUUAAUAAACAGAUCCUCCAAUGCCAUCUCCUCAAACCUGUCGUACAACUUCUCCUCAUCCCCUCCUCACCUACCAGCACCACAAGCCAACUACUCCCCCAAUAACUCCCAGAUCUAUGGGACCACCAGCAGACUCUCUGUUAGGUCUGGACCCUGCCUAGACCACACGGAGCAACUCUUGACUUUGCCAAGUCCUCAGAUGAAUGGGGUAUGUCAAUAUAACAACACCUAUAUGAGACAGCCAAACUUCCCUUCUGGACUAGAAAGAUAUAUGUAG